AUGAGAAAAAACUUGAAGAAGGUGAACGGCCAGCAAGUGAAGAUGGAUCUCUCAAUGGAUGAGAAGACAGAAAAGGUGAGAAAUUCAAAGCACAAAAUGAAGAAGAGGUCGAGAUUGUUGUCGUACAGAGAGUUGCCUGAUUAUUUGCAAGAUAAUGAGUACAUAUUGGAUUAUUAUCGAUGCGAAUGGCCUUUAAAAGAUGCAUUUUUUAGUGUCUUUUCUUGGCACAACGAAACUCUCAAUGUCUGGACGCAUUUAGGGGGGUUUUUGAUAUUUUUGGGAUUGUUGGUUUUGAGUUUUGUGGAGGAGAGCACGGAGAAUAUUGGAGGUUUAAUCACCAGUUUCUUCAGAGCACAAGCUUCUGGACCGUUGAUGGCACUAAUGAUGAUGAAGAAUCAAGACUUUAACGUCUCUGACGAUCUUAUAUUUCCUGAUUCGGUCUUUACGAGGCACAUUUCACUGCAAUCAGUCUUCCAUAAACAGGAUGGUUUUGAUAGGGCCAUUCCUAGAUGGCCAUGGUUUGUUUUCUUGUAUGGGGCGAUGAUGUGCUUGGUCUGCAGCUCCCUCUCUCACCUCCUUGCUUGCCAUUCCAAACGCUUCAAUUUGUUCUUUUGGCGCCUAGAUUAUGCUGGCAUCUCCCUUAUGAUAGUUUGUUCGUUCUUCGCUCCCAUCUAUUAUGCCUUCUAUUGCAACCCCUAUCCACGGUUCCUUUAUCUAACCUCCAUAACUGUGCUUGGUGUGCUUGCCAUCAUCACCCUCCUUUCGCCUGUUUUCUCCACUCCUCGCUACAGACCUUUCAGGGCUGCCCUAUUCCUCGUCAUGGGUUUCUCAGGGGUGAUUCCUGCAGCGCAUGCAGUUGUCCUCCACUGGGGCCAUCCACAUAUAUUUGUAUCCCUCGAAUAUGAGCUUGUUAUGGCAGUUUUAUACACUGCAGGAGUUUUCUUUUAUACUACUAGAAUACCUGAACGUUUGAAGCCUGGUGCGUUUGACAUUGCAGGGCACAGCCACCAGAUUUUUCAUGUUUUCGUUGUUCUAGCAGCACUUUCUCACUGUGCUGCCACACUAGUUAUGAUGGAUUUUCGUCAGAGAUCACCAGCCUGUGCAUGGUAG